GCUGUUCUUCUCCAGCCUUCCUGCCCUAUCUGGCCUUUCCCUCCCGCCAGCAGCAGAGCACAGACUUCAGGAGCUCAGAGCCCAGCUACCCAGGCCCUCAGCUGGAGGUCCUGCCAUGGCACCCCGGAGGCCCCUUCUCAUGCUGGCCCUGCUGGCAUGGAUUGCUCUGGCCGACCAAGAGUCAUGCAAGGGGCGCUGCACUGAGGGUUUCAAUGCUGACAAGAAGUGUCAGUGUGACGAGCUGUGUUCUUACUACCAGAGCUGCUGCAAUGACUACAUGGCUGAGUGCAAGCCCCAAGUGACUCGUGGGGAUGUAUUCAUGCGGCCAGAAGAUGAGUAUGGAAUCUAUGAUUAUGAGGCCAAGGACAACACCAACGACCUCUCACAGACGGAGAGCCCUUUCCUGAGCCCUGACUUGCAGUCUCAGCCUGAAGGGACCUCUGAGCCGGCACCUAGCCCGAACACUGAGGAAGAGGCUCCUACGUUUGAAGCAAGCACCCAAGGGCCUGAAGUGGGGACCUCAGGGCCUCAGGCCACUGAUCAAGGAGCCCGUGAGUCCCCAGCAGAGGAAGAACUGUGCAGCGGCAAGCCUUUUGAUGCCUUCACUGACCUCAAGAAUGGUUCCAUCUUUGCCUUCCGAGGGCAGUACUGCUACGAGAUAGAUGAAACAGCAGUGAGGCCUGGGUACCCCAAGCUCAUCCGAGAUGUCUGGGGCAUCGAGGGCCCCAUUGAUGCUGCCUUCACCCGAAUCAACUGUCAGGGGAAGACCUACCUCUUCAAGGGUAACCAGUAUUGGCGCUUUGAAGAUGGCAUCCUGGACCCGGAUUUCCCUCGAAACAUCUCUGAAGGCUUCAGUGGCAUCCCAGACGACUUGGAUGCAGCCUUGGCGCUCCCUGCCCACAGCUACAGCGGCCGGGAGCGGGUCUACUUCUUCAAGGGGAAACAGUACUGGGAGUACGCGUUCCAGAACCAGCCCAGCCAGGAGGAGUGUGAAGGCAGCUCCCCGUCUGCUGUGUUUGAGCACUUUGCCCUGCUGCAGCGGAACAGCUGGGAGGACAUCUUUGAGUUGCUUUUCUGGGGCAGAUCCUCCGGUGGUGUCAGAGCGCCCCAGUUCAUCAGCCGGGACUGGCAUGGUGUGCCCGGGAAAGUGGAUGCCGUGAUGCCUGGCCGCAUCUACAUCUCAGGCUCUACACUCCCCUCUCCCCGGGCCAAGAAGCAAAAGUCUAGACAUCGCAGCCGCAAACGCUACCGUUCACGCGGCAGCCGCAGUCGCAGCCGCAGCCGCAGCAGCAGCCAGAACUCCCAGCGGCCGUCCCGUUCCCUCUGGCUGUCCUUGUUCUCCAGUGAGGAGACCGGGCUGGAAGCCUACAACUACGAUGACUAUGAGAUGAGCUGGCUUGUGCCUGCCACCUGUGAGCCCAUUCAGAGUGUCUACUUCUUCUCAGGAGACAAGUACUACCGAGUCAACCUUCGCACACGCCGAGUGGACACUGUGAACCCUCCCUACCCACGCUCUAUUGCGCAGUACUGGCUGGGGUGCCCAGCCCUAGACCGCCUGUAGGAAUCAGAGCCCACACAGCUGGAACUCCAUAGCUCCCUCCACUAGCUUGCGCAUCCCAGACUAAUAAAGGUCCCUUGACCCUGA